CAUUUUCUGUGGGAGUUUCAGUGGCUGACAGACACAGAGUGUUGCAUUGCAUACACAGCUUCAAUCAAUCAAGGUUGGAAUGAAGACUACAAUGGCUUCACCUUCUCUCUCCAAAUUCUGCUCUUUAACACCCACUCUUUCCCAACAUCACACCCAAUCAUUCCCUUCCACAACUUCACUCAGAUUCCCCCAUACUACCACUUCUACCAAUUUCAAUACCAUUUUUCUUCACAAACAACCUCUCUCUCUGUGUUUUGCUCUAACAGAGUCCAAUUCGCCUAAUUCUACAGAGCCUGAUCCCAAAACACUUCUCCAACAAAUUGCUGACAGUUUUGAUCUUCCUCCUGAUUACUUUGGAAAGUUUCCCAACGAUCUUCGAUUGGACCUGAACGAUGCUGCAUUCGACCUUUCAAAUGGACCUGUCUUGGAUGAGUGUGGUAAAGAGUUAGGAGAGACAUUGUUAAACCUAUCUCGAGCAUGGGAGAUUGCCGAUACAUCAUCCUCCCGCUCUUUAGUGGCGAAACUUCCAUUGAUGGAGGCUAAUUUAACAGGCACUGCCAAAUCAGCACUUGGAAGGCGUUUGGUAUCUGCUGGAAAAAGGUUUCAGUCAAUGGGACAGUAUGGCCAAGGUGAGACACAAAAGAUCGCAAAAGCAAUGAUUGCGGCUGGGAGAGCUCUAUCUGCUAGUUCAACUUCUGCAGUAAUAGAUAAACAACCCAAAGAGAAAAAUAAGACUCUGAAGUUUGGAGCAUUGCAGGUUGAAAUUACACCCACUAAAGCAAAUAUUGGGGCUGCAAUUGCAUUUGUUUUUGGGAUUCUUACAUGGGAGAUAGCUCAGGGAAUUCAAAACACUCCGGAGAGUUCUUUGCAGUAUGCAAAUGACAAUGCUUUGAUGCUUGCUAAGUCUUUGAGGGGAACAUUGCUUGUUGUAUUUUACGGCUCCACGUUGUUGUCUGCACUUACUUCAGGGGGGCUUGUUUUACUUGGUAUACAGCUCAAAUCAGAGAAAAAUUGAGCUUUAUGUCUGCUUCGUUCGCUCGGUUUUGCUUGUAAAUGAUGAAGUAGCUGCACAGUGUAAGUUUGUGAGUAUUAGUAUACAACCAUAAUAAAGUACCAACCUCAUGACAUAAUUGGCAAACAAUGCUCAUAGUAGCAAUAUUUUUGUUUCCUGUCAAUACUCUAAUGUCAAAACUUUGUGUCAUGUAAAUAGACAAAGUUUUAAAUUUAUUAUGGAUGGAGUGAUGUGUGUAGCUCGCGAGUUAUGUUUUUUUGCAAA